CACCACGCUGCCACCAGGCACCCCACCCCAAGAGGGAAGAUUGAUCGGAUCAGUAUUCGUGGCUGGCUGGCUGGCCACCUCUGUCCGCCACCAGUUUCAGCUCCCGCACAGGCACAGGCACGGCACAUGUUGGCCGUCCUCUCCUCUGUGAUGCAGCCAGCCACAUGAGCCGCCAUUGUUUCUCGACGGAGAAGAACCCACGCGCAGCCAAAGCACCCGUCGUCUCUCUUUCUUUCUAGUCGUGGAAAAGUAGGUAGGUGGCGGUCCUUUGCCGUCCUCUCCCCAUCCUAGCUAGAGCUAGAGCUAGAGCUAGAGCUCGCUCGAGAUAUCUGACUUCUCCUUUGCCUUGCCCGCCGUUGUUGAUGUUCAUCUUGCCCGGCUCGCGUCAUCUUCCGAUGGAUGCCACAGCGGUCUGAGCAGGAAGCAGCAGUUCCUCUGAGCCGCUGCCGCUGCAGUGCCUAGUCUGACUGAGCGGCGAGAAAGAAGCAAGGCCAGCAGCCAUGGGGGAGGUCGCGGCGGAGAUGUACACCCAGGAUGGCACCGUCGACAUCAAGGGCAACCCGGCCCUCAAGAAGGACACCGGCAACUGGCGCGCAUGCCCCUACAUCCUCGCGAACGAGUGCUGCGAGCGGCUGGCUUACUAUGGCAUGAGCACCAACCUGGUCAACUUCAUGAAGGACCGGAUGGGCAUGGCCAACGCCGCCGCCGCCAACAACGUCACCAACUGGGGCGGCACCUGCUACAUCACGCCGCUCAUCGGCGCCUUCCUCGCCGACGCCUACCUCGGCCGCUUCUGGACCAUCGCCUCCUUCAUGAUCAUCUACAUCUUCGGCCUCGGCCUGCUCACCAUGGCCACCUCCGUGCACGGCCUCGUGCCGACCUGCGCCGCCAAGGGCGUCUGCGACCCCACGCCGGGCCAGUCGGCGGCCGUCUUCAUCGCGCUCUACCUCAUCGCGCUCGGCACCGGCGGGAUCAAGCCCUGCGUGUCGUCGUUCGGGGCGGACCAGUUCGACGAGCACGACGACGUGGAGCGCAAGAGCAAGAGCUCCUUCUUCAACUGGUUCUACUUCUCCAUCAACAUCGGCGCGCUGGUGGCCUCGUCCGUGCUCGUGUACGUGCAGACGCAUGUCGGCUGGAGCUGGGGCUUCGGCAUCCCCGCCGUCGUCAUGGCCAUCGCCGUCGGCAGCUUCUUCGUCGGCACGCCGCUCUACAGGCACCAGCGCCCCGGCGGCAGCCCGCUCACCCGCAUCGCGCAGGUGCUCGUCGCCGCCACGCGCAAGCUCGGCGUCACCGUCGACGGGUCGGCGCUGUACGAGACCGCGGACAGGGAGUCCGGCAUCGAGGGGAGCCGCAAGCUGGAGCACACUGAGCAGUUGAGGUUCCUCGACAAGGCGGCCGUCGAGACGCAGGCGGACAAGACGGCGGCCACCGGGCCGUCGCCGUGGCGGCUGUGCACCGUGACGCAGGUGGAGGAGCUCAAGAGCGUGGUGCGGCUGCUGCCCAUCUGGGCGAGCGGCAUCGUCUUCGCCACGGUGUAUGGGCAGAUGAGCACCAUGUUUGUGCUCCAGGGAAACACCCUGGACGCCUCCAUUGGGCCCAAGUUCAAGAUCCCCUCCGCCUCGCUCUCCAUCUUCGACACCCUCAGUGUCAUCGCCUGGGUGCCCGUCUACGACCGCCUCCUCGUCCCCGCCGUGCGCUCCGUCACCGGCCGGCCCCGCGGCUUCACGCAGCUCCAGCGCAUGGGCAUCGGCCUCGUCGUCUCCAUGUUCGCCAUGCUCGCCGCCGGCGUGCUCGAGCUCGUCCGCCUCCGCACCAUCGCGCAGCGCGGCCUCUACGGCGAGAAGGACGUGGUGCCCAUCUCCAUCUUCUGGCAGGUGCCGCAGUACUUCAUCAUCGGCGCCGCCGAGGUCUUCACCUUCGUGGGCCAGCUCGAGUUCUUCUACGACCAGGCGCCCGACGCCAUGAGGAGCAUGUGCUCCGCGCUCUCCCUCACCACCGUCGCGCUCGGGAACUACCUCAGCACGCUGCUCGUCACCGUCGUGGCCAAGCUCACCACCAGGGGAGGCAAGCAAGGGUGGAUCCCCGACAACCUCAACGUCGGCCACCUCGACUACUUCUUCUGGCUGCUCGCCGCGCUCAGCCUCCUCAACUUCGCCGUCUACCUCCUCAUCGCCAGCUGGUACACCUACAAGAAGACCGCCGGAGAUGACACAGACGCCAAAGCCAAAGGAGGCGCUGAUGAUUGAUGCAAGAGCUGCAAAUGACCAGUGAGUGAGUGACUCUGCCUGGGGUUGGUGUAUGAAUGUUGAAAGAGGAAGAAGAAAGCAAGGAUUGAGACUUCAGAGUUCAGAUAGGUGAAAUUAAGGGAGGACAAUGAAAUGCAUGGUGUGAUUUGUGACUUGAAGAUUCAAGAGUGUUGCCUUGUUGAUUAAUAUACUAGUGUCUUGGAAAAAUCUGUCAGAAAAAGGUUCAGAUGUUAUGUACUGCUCCCUCCUUAAAGAAACAUAAAGCCUUUAGAUUACUAAAAUAGCUAUCUAAACGUUUUUAUAUUUCUUUAUAGAGGGAGUACUUUAUUA